CUUCUUCUAUAUAUCUAACUUACAUACAUUUUUCUCCUUUUUGAAUUUAAUUGUUACAUGUACUUUACUUUACCAAAAACUAGUAACAGUAGUUUAUUAUCGACUGAAUCUAAUGCUUCUACAAUGACAGAAGAUCGCAUUUCAGAAAUUAUACAAAAUUUAGAUGAUCACUGGGGCUCGCCGCCUAUUUUAACUCCUGAUACACUUUCACAUAUAUUAAAUCAUCAAUGGAUUAUAAAUGAUGAUAUUAAACAACAAGACAUUAAAAAAGUAUACAAUUCAUCUAUUUUUAUCCUUUCCAUAUAGUAAUAAUUAUUUAAUAAGGUAUCAAAGGCAGCAGCAACAGUGGCAACAGUAGCAGCAAAUCGAGUUAUUAAACAUAAUAAUAAAGCAUUAUCCACAUUAAUUGAAGAGUUUUGCAAAACUAUAGAAAGAACGAAUCAAGAUAAUAUAACUGAAGUAGCCAAAGAUAUUAAAGUAUAUAUGGAAUCAUAAAUUAGUAUUUAUUCUAUGCUUACGUAAUAUUUAAUGUAGAGUGAUCCUUUGAUUCAAAAGUUUAUUGCUUCAUCCAAAGAAGAAGAUAAAUUAACUAAUGGAAGUGAAGAAAAAGUUAUUCAGCAUUUAAUAGAAUUAUUACAAUAUCAUAAUACUAAUGCAAGAUAAACCCAUUCAUAGUCUUAUAUCCC